AUGUAUCUUUUAAACAAUCUGAUCAUCGGCCUUCUUAUUAGAGGGGUUUGGGGUCAAACAGUCGUUACCCCACCUGAUCCAUCACUGGAAAUCGACCCAUCUCCGCCUACAGUUGUCGGUCAAUCUGAGCAGCCAAGUGCUCCACCUGUCCCAGAAGCUCCAACUGCUCCAGAAAUCUCAACUGUUCCAGAAAUCUCAACUGUUCCAGAAAUCUCAACUGCUCCAGAAGCCUCAACUGUUCCAGAGGCUCCCACUACUCCGACUCCUACUGAGCCAACCGAUGGUAUCCAGUCAAACACAGCUACAGAACCAGUCGAGCCAACUGCUUCAAUUGAUACCCCUGAGCUAACAGAACCUCCUGCCCCGAAUGAAGCUACUCAGCCACCUGAACCCAUUGAGCCAACCGCUCUUACAGAGCCUACCGACCCAAUUGAGCCCACCCUACCAACCGCGCCGACUGAGGCAACCGAGUCAAUUAUAAUUCCCCCUGUAGAGCCAACAGAGCCAACCGCCCAGGAUGAGUCCACCGAACCUACCGUGAUUGUCGAACCUACAGAAGAGUCUGAAGCAGUUGGACCGACGGCUUCUGAGCCGAGUCCUCCUACAGAGCCAACCGCGUCCGCGGAGCCUGUCCCACUAAGCGAGCCUACCGAGCUUACCGAGGCUGUAGAGCCUACAGAGGCUACACAACAGUCUGAGGCAUCUGAAGCAACUAUCCCCACAGAGACUACUCAACCAGCUCCCGCAGAGCCAGCAGAACCUACUGAGUCUGCAGAACAGCCUGAAGCUACCGCCCCUCCAGCUUCAACAGCAGAAGCUCCUGAGGUGUCAGGCGGCCCUGAAAAGAGUGGGGAAGGGUUGACUGCAGGUCCUGCAAGCUCGCAAGGCCCAGACAUUGGCACAAAUGAACCAGUUGAUCAGCCUGAGCAGACUGAAGCGGCCCCAUCAGGUUUCACGACACUUACAACACCACCACCUGAGCCUACAGGGGACGUUGCUGAGUUGGACCUCGGAGAUGCGUCACUCAAUCCUAACGCAAGAUUUACUACAGUCGCUGGCGAGGAGGCAAUUGUACUGGAGCCGCCUCCUAAUGGCGAAGCAACGUUUAGUAUCAAAGUGGAGGAGCCAUUAGACAUUGAGGAAGGUAAUCUCGUUGCACUUGAAGCUGUAGUUCAAGUGGUGGAAAGCUCUUCCAGUCGACGUAAGAGGUUCCUAAUCGGACGACAAGAUAGAGGCAACCGUCUUCAGAUGAUUAUGAACGAAAAGAUCAUUUACGAUAAGGAAGUUGACGAGACUGCGGGCAAGUUCCAACGAAUCAAGAGUGAGAAGACUCAAUUUGUCAAGAAUCCGGUUGUCCAAGUACUUCAGACGUCUGGUGAUAAUCCUGUGGCUCUCUCAGUCAGUGGGCUAGGAUUUGUCAAAUCGGAGACACCGACAAAGGAGCCGAAUAGGCCGGUAGUCAUCCCUAACACGGAGCUUAAUCCUGGUAGUCAAGCGACUGAGGAGCCAGCCAAAGAGCCACCUGCCCCGCCAGAGGCCACUGGGGAAGAGCCCCCUCCUGUUAAUCAAGAAACUGAUAAACCUGCACCAGAACCAGCCGCCCCGCCGAAGGUGUCCGUGGAAGAACCUCCUCUUGUUGGUGAAGAAACUACAGUUCAGCCAUCUCAGCAGACAAGUCCACCAGACGUCGUGGAAACAGAGCCUGCUCCUGGAACUCUGGAAACUGCAGGUCCUAGUGAACCUGCUAGAAGUGAUGGAGGGACGAUUAUAACUGAGCAGCGACCCGAAACUGGCACCGGUAUUGAGCCUGUCAUUGGUACAGGCAAUCCCACCGGAUCAGUUCCAACAACACCCACGGGGCCUGUGGAGGUUGAACCAAACGAGGCGACACAUGGUAUUGUCACGAAUAUGGUUAUAUUAUAUGGAGUGCCUGUUCUUGCAGCACUUCUCAUUUGA